AUGCCGGUUGUGCGAACUCCUGGAGAGCUCUUAGGUUCUGCCUCGGCCUUCAGCCCCGGCGAGGGCGUCUACCAGAAAGGGGGCGACCUCAGGGCCUCAGCUGUAGGCAUCGAGAAAGUCUCUCCUCCGCCGAACAACAGGGGUUUGCCAGUGCUGUCUAUACUCCGCGCUGCGCAAAGUCGCGCGGCAGUCGCUCGCGUCGGCUCCUUGGUCUUGGGUCAGGUGACUGCGGUAAAUCGAAUGUUGGUCGAAGUGGCGGUGCUGGCCGUUGAUGGGCAUGUGCUCCCAGAACCCUACAAAGGCGCAAUCAGGGCGCAGGAUGUGCGAGAGACUAUUGUGGAGAACUUCGAUAUCGCCGAAUGCUUCCAGCCCUCGGACGUCGUUCGAGCAGAAGUGCUAUCGGCGGACGGGCGAGUGUAUCUACUAGGCACUGCCGCUGACGACUUGGGCGUUUUGUGCGCGGACAGCAAAGCGGGGGGAGCCCUGCAGCCGGUAUCGGCAUUGCUCAUGCGGUGUAGCCUCACAGGGCAGCUAGAGAGAAGAAAAGUGGCAAGGCCCCCUGGGGUCUAG